AUACAUAGUUCGGUUUGAACGAGUUAGUAAAAGCCACUAUUAAAUUUCGAACCAAGAUGAACAAUCUAGAAAAAUCUGUGGAAGAGGAGAAGAGGAAAAACGAGGAAGAAGAUUCAUCUAGUGCAGUGCAGGCGACGGACCCGUCAGAUUCAGGAAUGGCUGCUGCUUCCGCCACCGACGGUGUCGCUGCGACGGCACUACGAUCGGUACUUCAUCGGAUUCAACACGCCGCUGAACGCUCUGGCCGCAGAUCGGACCAAGUACGGCUGGUGGCUGUAAGCAAGACGAAGCCGGUGUCUCUUGUCAAACAAGUUUACGACGCCGGUCACCGUUCCUUCGGUGAAAAUUAUGUCCAAGAGCUCGUUGAUAAGGCUCCUCAGCUUCCAGAUGAUAUAGAGUGGCAUUUCAUAGGGAAUUUGCAGAGCAAUAAAGUCAAGCCACUAUUAACUGGAGUGCCAAAUCUUGCUAUGGUGGAGACUGUAGAUGAUGAAAAGAUAGCAAAUCAGCUCAACCGUGUGGCUGGGAACAUUGGAAGAAAGCCGUUGAAAGUCUUUAUCCAAGUUAAUACAAGUGGGGAAGAAACUAAAUCUGGUGUCGAACCAGAUGGGUGUUUGGAACUCGUCAAACAUGUUACUUCAAACUGCCCUAAUCUUGAAUUUUGUGGCCUGAUGACUAUUGGGAUGCCAGAUUAUACGUCAACUCCUGAGAACUUUAAGACUUUAGCAAGAUGUAGAAGUGAGGUUUGCAAGGCUCUUGAAAUAUCUGAAGAUCAAUGUGAGCUGUCAAUGGGCAUGUCGGGCGACUUUGAACUCGCUGUCGAGAUGGGCAGUACAAAUGUUCGAGUUGGAUCUACAAUAUUUGGAGCAAGAGAGUAUCCAAAGAAGCAAACAAACUAGGUUGAUGAACCCAUUUUAGUGAAAGAAACCGAGGCAAACUUGUACCUUAAAUGUUUGCUGCUUUAUGGCACAAUCUGGAGCGUUUUAUACUACGUGAUCUGAACAGCUUGUUUUCUGUACCGUGCAACGAUGAACCUCAUUGGCUAUGUGGCCUAUAGCAUCUUUGUGUUCUAUUCAUUAUUACUGCUGGCAUUGUCUUGUGCUGUGAUAUAGAUGUUCUUAAUAAUGUCAUGGAACUCGAUAUAUUCUAGUCCAAUAGUACUGAUUGAUGAUGUCUUUGUAGAA